GCGCGCAGGAGCCGGAGCGCGGCGCUCUACGUGCACUGGCCGUACUGUGAGAAGCGCUGCAGUUACUGCAACUUCAACAAGUACAUCCUGCGGGGUGUGGAUGAGGCGGCCGUGCGGAGCUGUCUGGUGACUGAAGCUCAGACACUGCUGCGGCUCAGUGGGGUGCAGCGGGUGGACUCUGUGUUCUUUGGGGGGGGCACUCCCAGCCUGGCCAGUCCUCACACGGUGGCUGCUGUCCUGGACACGGUGGCCCAGGCAGUGCACCUGCCUGCAGACACGGAGGUGACAUUGGAGGCCAACCCCACUUCAGCCCCAGGCUCCAGGCUGGCAGCUUUUGGGGCAGCAGGGGUCAACAGGUUGUCCAUUGGCCUUCAGUCCCUGGACGAUGCUGAGCUCCAGCUGCUGGGGCGGACGCACUCGGCCAGCGAUGCUCUGCGGACACUGGCAGAGGCCCGGCGCCUCUUCCCUGGCCGCGUGUCUGUGGACCUGAUGCUGGGGCUGCCGGCACAGCGAGCUGGGGCCUGGCUGCGGCAGCUGCGGGAACUGCUUCGCCACUGUGACGACCACCUGUCCCUCUACCAGCUGACCCUGGAGCGGGGCACGGCGCUCUUCACCCGAGUGCAGCAGGGCUCGCUGCCUGCCCCUGCCCCUGACCUCGCUGCUGAGAUGUACCAGGAGGGUCGGGAAGUUCUGCGCGAGGCCGGCUUCCGCCAGUAUGAGGUCUCCAACUUCGCCCGGAAUGGGGCGCUUAGUAUCCACAAUUGGAACUACUGGCAGUGUGGUCAGUACCUUGGCAUUGGGCCUGGGGCCCAUGGGCGAUUUAUACCUCACGGGGCCGGGGGCCACACCCGCGAGGCUCGGAUCCAGACCCUGGAGCCUGACAACUGGAUGAAAGAGGUGAAGCUAUUUGGUCAUGGCACCCGGAAGUGUGUCCCUCUGGGCGAGCUGGAGCUGCUGGAGGAAGUGUUGGCCAUGGGGCUGCGCACAGACGUGGGGCUCACUCACCAGCACUGGAAGCAGUUUGAGCCCCAGCUGACCCUUUGGGACAUAUCUGGAGCAAGCAAGGAGGUGGGGGAGCUGCUGGAGCAGGGCCUACUGCUGCUGGAUCACAGAGGUCUUCGAUGUUCCUGGGAGGGUCUAGCUGUGCUGGACUCUCUGUUACUCACCCUCCUGCCUCAGCUCCAAGAUGCCUGGCAGCAGAGACAUCCCUCUCCUGUGCCAGGAGGAUGACCACAUGUUCUGGUGUCCCAGGACUGUGUCAGCAGGAGCAGGGAUUCUGCGUCAGUGCCUGUCGUUACUGGACUCCAGAGAAGAUCCUGGACAGCAAACAGUUCUGAACAAUAGGUCUGCCAACCUUUCACCCUGAACAGUACAGUGCAGGACACAGGAGGAACUGAGCUGUGCUGGUGGGCCCUCUCUGAGGACGGGAGAGAUCAGAGCCAGCCUUGCUCACAAACAGGGUAUGUCUGGGGGGGCAGGAGCCACAGGCCCUGCCUUUCCACUGUUAGAGUGAGGGUGCAGGCAACUAAGCAGAGAGAGAGGGGAGAG